GCUCAGUUUUCGUUGCGCUUUCGAUGCGACCAGUUGACGCCUCGCCACCUCAAUCGCCUGCUCCUUUGCCCACCAUUUUUUUUUUUUGCCGAUUUUCGCGGAUUGUUGCAAUUUGCAAUUUGGCGCGCGCGAAAUUCUCUCCGUUAUACUGUGCGUUCCACUGUGCGACAACUGUGGGUGCAGCUGUAUGUGUGUGUGUGUGUGAUGUGCUUGGCCGCGAGAGAUAACGGUGCCAGGACAGUGCUGUAAAGCUGUACAGAAUGGCCCGCAAGGACGAUCCCGUAUUCAAUGUGAAAUUCGUGCAGCUCGUGGAGAGCCAGGCCUGUCUAUGGAACUACACGCAUCCCGGCUACAGCAAGAAGGAGGAGGUGCAGCGCGCCUGGCAGCAUGUUGCCAAUGAAAUCAAGGACACGGUACGCAACUGCCGCGAGCGCUGGCGCACCAUUCGAAGCAGCUUCCUGCGCUCCCUGAAGCUGGCCCGCACUCAGACGGGACGCGGCAAGCGCAAAUACUACCUGUCCAAAUACCUGCAAUUUCUCAUACCCUACACAAAGUCACGCUCCUGCCACAAGCAGGUGUCAGUGGCAGCCGGUCCGGCCACAGCGGGCAUGGUGCUGCGCAAGCCCAGCACCUCGACGGCGGCCACAUUUCUGGCCGGAGUGGGUCACCUGCGGAUGGUGAGCGCGGAGGAGGAGGAGGAGGACGAGACCAAAGAGAGCGUGGAGAGCGAGGGCGAGACGCAUACGCAUAUGCCGCUCGAUGUUCAGGUUUCGGAGGAGGAGGGCAAGGACCAUGCCACGCACUCGCCCACAUCCUGCCUGCCCCUGCGACUGCAGUCGAUCAAGGUGGAGCAGCAGCAGCAGCAGCAUCCACAGCACACCCUGCCACAAACUCAACAGCGGGGCGACAAAAUUGUGGCCCACCAGUCGUCGCUGGUGACGCUGCCGGCCACAAUGGCUGCCGCCCUGGGGCACCACCAAAACAUGGACAACUGGACGGAAUUGGCUCACUGGUUCAAGGGCAGCAGCCACCACCAUCCCAGCAACAAUAGCGGGCUGCUGUCACACCACAAACUGUCGACGCCACCGCCACAACCACCAAUGGCGGCCACCCCGGCACCGGCCAUGCCCACACCGCCCCUAGCAGCAGCAGCAGCAGGAGCAGGACUAGGACCAUCAGGGGCACCAGGACCCGAUGCGGAUUACUCCUUUUUGAUAAGCCUGCACCCCUACCUGAAGGAGAUGAGCGGCAAGCAGAAUCGGCGCUUUCGCCAGAAGGUUGUCGGCCUCAUCGACAAUGUCCUGGACAAUGUCGACGUAUGAUGGAGGCUCUGGGAGCAACACCAAUAGUGCCCAUUUGUUAUGUGUCUGUGUAUAGCUAUUAGCUAACGUGUACAAUAUUUGCAUUGCCUUUUUUUUCUGUUGAAUGUUAUCACAGAGAACGUAAGCCAACAUUUGUUAUAUGUAUGUCAAAUAAAUCCUGUAAUUCAUGCAAAUAAAAUUAUUUUUGAACAUUA